GGGGGGUUGACGUCACGUUCAUCUAAACAAGAGUCGGAGUUGCUGGUCACGACACACAACUCCGCACGCGCCCCUCCCACCUUUCCGUUGUAUAUAAAACGGGCCGGUCCGACCGCACGCUGACCACUCAGUUGUACGGCAGCACGUGAAGGCGGCACACAGCGACCAACAAAGGGCCAAGGAGGGAGAGAUAUGUACUGGGACCCCGCCAUCAGGCCAGGACACAGAGGCUCAGACGGUUCAGACAUCACAGACGUCACAGACGUCACAGACGGCUCCGGGCUCAGAGUAAAGAUGGAGGUUUGUCAGACUGGGUUUUACAUGGAGGACUUCAGGACACAGGAAGUGCCAGCGGGCUUCGACUUUACGUCUUAUGACUUUCCUGGUGAAGACCUGUCUUUUCUGUUAGACAGCAAAGCUCCCGGGCCACAGCCGUGUCCAGCAGAGAGCAGCUACGCGGAGCCCAAACCCUCGCAUCCGUACGAGGCCAAAGUCAGCACCAGUGACUCUGCUCUUUUCAACCUGGACUCGUACCAGGACUUCAACUGGUGGGCUUCGUAUCCUGCAGACGGCCUCGCUGACCCGUCUCACACCGGGUACCAGGAGCCUCCACAGACGUACCAGAGCCUGGUGCCCCAGAGCGGCCAGUUCAGCCCCGCCAUGGAGGGCAGCCACAGCUUCUCAGCAGGAAAAGGCUCCAACUCGCUGCAAAGUGAGACAGAUCGCAGCUACUACGACUCCGUGGGACCGAGGCAGCCGUCAUCGUUCUGGCCUGAAUACCCGUCUCCCGGCUUCUCCGCCCCCCUGCCCCACCCGCCUGCGACCUCCUGCCCUUCAAACCCCAGCCCUCAGCCCUCGGAGCAGUACUGCCCCCGGGUGGCCAAACGUAAGAGCGGCGCCCCCCACAGGCCGGAGACCCACAUGAUGGGGAUGUCCACGUAUCCAGGUUCUGGUCCAAUUCAGCUGUGGCAGUUUUUACUGGAGCUUCUUCUGGACUCUGCCUGUCGUACCUUUAUCUCCUGGACUGGAGACGGCUGGGAGUUCAAGAUGUCCGACCCCACAGAGGUGGCCAAGCGCUGGGGCCAGUGCAAGAACAAGCCUAAGAUGAACUACGAGAAGCUGAGCCGGGGGCUGCGCUACUACUACCACAAGAACAUCAUCCACAAGACGGCGGGCAAGCGCUACGUGUACCGCUUCGUGUGUGACGUGCAGGGCAUGCUGGGAAAGACGGCGCACGAGGUGCUGACGAGCCUGAACGUCCUGCCUGCGGCCGCGGACUCGUGGCAGCGCCCCGGGGGGGCGGCCGGCGCCGGCGCCGCCGCGUCGGACCACAGCAGUGAAGCCUGGGGGUCACAGUAAGCGGUGCUGGGACUCGGAACCAGAGCGGCCGCCUCAGGCCCAGGCUGGACUCACCUUCAACAUGUCCCUCAAAGCUCCCGGAGCAUCUGAAGCACUACAAACAUACGCGUUACAUCAGGGACCAAUGUGUAAAUUAUGUUCAUACAAACCCAUGAAUAGAGUCGUGCAUUUAUAAUAUUUUAAAACUCGUGUCUACCUCUGUUGCUAAUAAUGAACAUGAAGCAAAAUGUUUUUGACUGUGAAAGCAUGAGCCUUUGUGUGGAUGCUUCUGUGUAAAUAAACUGUAUAGAAACACAGAUGUGGAUGAACUCUGAA